CUGAGGGUCGGAGGCUCGGUGGGCGUGGACGAAAAAUGCCCCGCCUUUCCUAAAAUCACUCUUUGUCCUUGUUUUGCUGAGACUCUGAACACAACAUGUUGCUGAGGAGCUGCUGCACCUUCUGGAUUCUGCUGUCAGGCAUCGCUGCUGCUGCAGUGUUUGUAGAGAAGCAUGAAGCCAACAGAGUGCUGCAGAGAUGGCGGCGAGCGAACAGCGGCUACCUGGAGGAGAUGAAACCAGGAAACCUGGAGAGGGAAUGCAUCGAGGAGACGUGCGACUACGAGGAGGCUCGAGAAACUUUCGAAGACGACGAUAAGACGAAACAAUUCUGGCUGACGUAUGACCGUCGUGAACCGUGCCUGACCAACCCAUGUCAGAACAAUGGCUCAUGCGUCUACAUAGGGACGUCCUACGAGUGUUACUGCCCUGAGGGAUUUGAAGGACAAUACUGUGAGAAAGCGGUAGAAGACCUACUGAAGUGUCUUUACCACAACGGACACUGUCAGCAUUUCUGUGACGGCUCGGGAGAAAGGCGUAGAUGUUUCUGCGCUGACGGAUACAAACUGGGAGAGGACGGACAAACGUGUAUCGCUCAAGUGGAGUAUCCAUGUGGUCAGAUGAACCAGAGCAUUGUGGGUCAGAUCAGGCUGGUGGGAGCUAACCACUGCGCCAAAGGAGAGUGUCCCUGGCAGGUUCUGGUUCAGUUAAACGGAAGCAGUCACUGUGGAGGGGUGCUGAUCAAUCCAGACUGGGUCGUCACCGCUGCCCACUGUAUCCAUGGCAACAACCCCCAAAACCUUGCUGUGGUUGCAGGGGAACACCACUUGGACAUUGAAGACGGCACAGAACAGAAGAUACCUGUUUCCAUGGCGAUCGCCCAUAAAGGCUAUGUCCCAGAGACGGGUGACAGUGAUGUUGCCUUGCUGCAGCUGAGUCGCCCCGUCACCUUGAACAGCUAUGCCAUCCCUAUCUGCCUGCCGACCAAAGACUUUGCCGAACGCGAGCUCCUGCCGGUCCGCUACCACACCCUGUCUGGCUGGGGCAAGAGGACCACUGGGGGCAACGCUGUGAAACCCGGUGCCCUGCCCUUUGUGCCGGUCUCCCCCGUCCUUCGCAAGUUUUCUGUCCCCAUCAUCCAGAACUCCGAGUGCUCCCAGAGAGCCCGGUUCAACGUCACCCACAACAUGCUGUGUGCCGGAUACCUGGAGGGUCACGGGGAGAGUUGCCGCGGAGACGACGGGAGCCCACUGGUCACGCUCUACGGCUCCACCCACUUCCUGACGGGCCUGGUCAGCUGGGGGAAGGGCUGUUCACACCCGGGGUAUUAUGGGGUGUAUGCGAACAUGGCCAACUUUGUGGAGUGGGUGGAGGGCGUCAUAAAAGACCCGUCACCCAUGACGACAGCCAAAAGAAACUGGUGGAGAAAGCUGCAGUGACGGCUUUUGACAUGAUAGAACAGAAGCCAGUUUAAUAAAAUAUGUUUUUAGGAAUCAAUCUGUUUCAAAUCUUCAAUUCUUUAUGUCAUCAUGAAACAUUAUCGUGACAUUAAAGCACUUUAAUUUUC